ACACACGUAAAAACGCAUCAAGGCUGGGGCAAGACGAGAGCGCGAAGCGCGCACGAGCCAGUGAUUUGGCGAUAAUGCUGGGCCGACCCGAUUCCUGGUCAGCGGUGGCGGCAGGAGCCGCUGGAGAACAAAGCCGUGUUCGCUCUCCCCAUCCUACGGCCGAUACAAUACCGUUUUGUUGGCUGCCGCGCGGGAGAAACAAUAAGGGCCGCCCGGAAUGGUCCAAGACAGCAGGGCAGCGGAUGACGCAAUAAUGGCCCCAAAAGGCGGUCACUCCUCCUUCCAUCCGGCGCCUCGGGGUCGAGCGAGGAGGCCUCUGGGCGCGGUGGUUUCUUCCGCCGGAGGAGGAACUAUAAAAUGCUCCGGACGCCUCAUCAAGUGGUCACAGUGAAAGCAGCGCCGACGCAUACACCCGACUGGAAUACGUAGUGCACCCGACGGGACGGAAACCCAGCAACAUGUUCGCCAAGUGCAUCUCUUCGCUCCUUUGCCUGGCAGUCACCGUCAGCGCUGGUAUCGUCGCGUCUAGCGGAGGACACAGUGUGCAGCAUCGGAAACAGGACGAUUACGGGAACUACCAAUUCGGCUACGACAUCGUCAACGGCUACGGCGCCGUCAACGGCCGCCACGAAGCUGGAGCCGCGUACGGCCCCGUGCACGGUUCCUACUACCUCGGCGACAUCGACGGCCGCCACCGGCAGGUGCACUACGUGGCCGACAAGCUCGGUUUCCGCGCCGUCGUCAAGACCAACGAGCCUGGUACAAAGACCAGCGCACCUGCCUCAGCUCCUUACGUGUCAGCCAAUGGCAAGGCUGUGCCUGCGGCUUCGGUCCAACCGGCUCAGGUCGCCAUUGUGAAGCCAGUGAUCCCAGCUUACGGCGGACAUCUUGGCUAUGGUUACGGAGGCGGCUACGGAGGAGGCUACGGAGGAGGCUACGGCCACGCACCAGUCGCCGCUGCUGUGGUCGCGAAGGCUGCCGUUCCGGUGGCUGCUUACGCAGCUGCUCCCCACUACGGUUACGGCAGUCUCGGUGCGCUUGGCCACGGCUACGGUCUUGGCUACGGAGGUUACGCAGGCUACGGAGGCUACGGGCAUGGCUAUCUGGGAUAGGCAGUCGCUUCCAAACGAGCUUAUUUAUUGGGAUCAAGGUGACGGGGUAUUUGUCUCAAGUGUUCCCAAAAGUAAGACUUCAUUGUUAUUCAUCUUCAGGUCCCGGUUCCUACAUGAUUCUUUUGAGUGUUCCUUCACUUUUCCUGGUUUUGUUUGUUUGUUCGUGUAAAUAAAUAUGUUUCUGACUGUUGUAAGAAGUA